GGGCGGAAAGCAGAGUGGCCAGUGCGAGGUGGGGUUUUCUCCCCUCAUGGCUGCGGCCAUGGAGCUGAGCGCCCACUACCUCCGGGAGAAGCUGCAGCGGGACCUGGAAGCUGAGCAUGUGGAGGUGGAGGAUACGACCCCCAACCGCUGCGCCACCAGCUUCCGAGUCCUGGUGGUGUCCACCAAGUUCGAGGGGAAGCCACUGCUGCAGAGACACCGGCUGGUGAACGAAUGUCUAUCGGAAGAGCUCCCGCAUAUCCACGCGUUCGAGCAGAAAACCCUGACGCCGGGGCAGUGGGCCCGGGAGCAAUCGAAAUGAAGGACCAGGACCUGCACGGUUCCAUUAAAGAAU